AUGACUGAAGCAGGAUCCUCCAGCAGUUUGGCAAACAUAUACUACUCUGAGGAAGAGUUUCAGAAGGCGAUAGCGGCGUUUCAGAUUGAGACAACAUCUAAAUUUGUGCGUCAGAAAAAGCGAAGUAAUGGAGGAAUAGAUAUAAAAAGCUUGGACAAUAAAAAGAUUUGGUGGGAAGACAAGGGCGGCCUAGUUGAAAUCAAUUACACUGGGGAGCCAUAUAUUGUGACUGGAAGUGAAGUAUACGAGUGUCAUCAUGGACCUUUACAUGGAAAAAAGAUAAGAACUACUAAAGGCAAGGAUGAUGAUCACAAUUAUGAAUCCACUAAAAGCAGAAAGCUCAUUCAGGAUUCAAAGAAGCUUAAUUGUCCUGCAAAGAUAAGGGUGCGCAGGAUAAUGCGUUUUCCUGCGUUCAAGAACAAUGCACCAAAAUCAAACAGCUCGGCCAGAAAGAGGCUUUCAAGAACUCUUAAGGCUGCCUUUUGGAAUGAAGGAUUGGACAAACAAAUGCAAAUAAUUGCAACAUUCCCAUCAGAUCACGAUAAUCAUCUCCAAGGAGAGUUAUCUGGAUAUUCUCUUCCUCUGAAUAAAGAAAUGGGUAUGUUCAUUAAGACAAUGGCAAGGGAAGGUGUUAAGUCUGUUGCAGAAAUGGAGCGCCAUUUGGACAGAUUUUCCAACGAUGAGCAGAUUAAUUUGAAAGCCAGUACAGAAAAAUGGCAAAAAGAGGAUCCAGAUGGAAAUUUUUUCCUCAGAAUUGCAUCUCAAGAGGAAGAUGAAAAUCCUAUGCCAUUUCUCUUUGUCCACCAAACGGCUUGGCAAAGAAAUAUACUCCGGAAGUUUGGAAGAGAAAUGAGCAUACUGGACAGCACUUACAACACGUCAAAAUUUGAGCUACCGCUGUAUCUCCUGUGUGUUCAAACCAAUGUUGGCUUUGCAGUGGUUGCGUCUAUGUUGCUAGGGAGAGACACCAAAGCAAACCUAAUAGAAGUCUUGAACAUCAUCCGCAACUGGAACCACACAUGGCAGCCACAAAGCUUUAUGUGUGACUGUGAUACACGUGAAAUUAGUGCCUUGGAGUCUGUGUUUAACGGUUGUGAUGUUUACCUAUGCGAUUUCCACCGUGAGCAGGCAUGGCAACGUUGGGUUAAUGAUGGAAAAAACAAUCUUCUAGAUAAGAAGUUAGAGGUGUUGCAACUGUUUAGAAGUUUGGCUAAUGCAGAGUCUGAAGACAGUUAUGAAUCUGCCCUUCAAGAUUUGAGAGAAUCUGCAAUUUACCAGGAACAGCCGCAUUUAAGCAACUACAUUGAAAAGAAAUGGAUUACUCAAAGCAAGAGAUGGGUUAAGGUCUUCCGUAGUUCAGGACAAUGUAAGGUUAAUACUACUAAUGGCUUUGAAAGACAACAUAGAGAAUUGAAGGAGAACUUCUUAAACAUUGACAACCCGGGCAAGUCUUUGACUGACAUGAUUUUCAGUUUGGUGAACAACUAUCUUCCCCAGUGCAAGGAAAGGUUUAUUGAGAGAAACGUGCAGUGUUUGGAGGGCCAUCGGUCAUAUCACACAGAUGUGCCAAACUUUUUGGUAGGGCGACCAAAGGCAUUUGUGUCCCACUGUAUGACACGUCUGAGUUUGGCAUCAACAGAUGACGUGACAUAUCAGCAGGUGGAGGAAGGAAAUUUUUCCGUAAGAUCAAGGGAGUCGGACAGGAGCUACAGCGUCACGCUUAUAGGCAAAAUGCCUAGUUGCAACUGUCCGGACUUCCACAAGCACCAGUGGCCCUGCAAGCACAUGCUUGCAAUACUUGGCCGGUCAGAUUAUAGUUGGGAUUUGUUGGACGAAUCGUUCACAAAAACCAUCUUUAAUACUGUUGAUGUUGAUUUUGUGAACAACAUUGAUAGCGCAUGCGCUGAAGUGCAGGCAAGUCACAGUAUAGAGUGCAAUGAUGUCGGUGAAGAAGAGCUAACCAAAGAAGACUCGAAAAUAAGAAACGAGUGCUUCGAUUUGAUGAAGCAAAUCCAGAGUGACCUCUAUAACAUCUCUUCACCGAUAGGGUUGAACUCUAUUCUAAAACACCUGCAUGAGGCAUAUUGCCUGUCACAGAAACACAUUGUCAACAUCAAAGGCCUUCCUUUAAGAAGAGGAAAGAAGAACAAGACCAAGAAAUAA